AUGUUCAACGACAUCUCACUCCGACACAUCCCGGCGCUCUACGCAACCUGUGCCAUGGGUCUCGGCGGCGCCUGGUCCCUCGCCAACCCGCGCACCAGCCUCAUCCACUUCGGCUUCCCCGCCCGCAUCGCCGACCGCCCCGAGAUGUGGCCCGUCGCCCGUGUCGGCCACGCCCGCAACGUGAGCCUCGGCCUCAUCAUGGCGCUCUUCUACGCGCGUGGCCAGUACGACGUUGUCGACACCAUCAUGGGGGUCAUGGCCGGCUCACUGGCUCUUGUCGACGCUUGUGUCGUGUGGAACGAGGGCUUCCAUGGGUGGGCCGUCUUUCGAGCGCAGCCAUUCCAGACCCCGGCUCAAAGGGCAGAUCCUGUGGCUGUCCACCCGGCUAUUGUUCAAAGGAUCGACAAGUGGACAACCGGGAUGGAGGCUCUCGAAGCCCAUUCAUCGCAGGACGACGCAGGAUGCACUGCCACGCCGAAGUUCAAGCACUGCGAGCCAGUGCAUCGCUGGUGCCAGGGGUCUUCCCUCACGGCGGCCUGCGGUGGGGUGGUUUCAUCCCCGAAGGGCGGAUAG